CUUGGUAGACGGGAACCCGUUUUGAGAUCAACGACUCAUAGCCCAUUUAAGCCCCACGACCCAAUCAAUACCUAGCCUACCUAACCUAUACACUAAACACCACCACAACCACCGUCGUCAUCAUGUCUCUUCAAUAUCUCCCCCCCGUCAAGCCUUCGGCCAUCGCCCUCGGCACCAUCUUCAACCACGGCAUCGAGCUGGCGGUCCUGUCGCCGCUGUUCGGCCAGACCUACCAGCGAGCCAAGGCCGCCAACACCAAGGAGGAGUUCCUCCGGUCGAGAGAAGCCUCCUCCGCCGCCGCGGCGCUGGGCACCUCCCUGGUCGGCUCCGCCCUGCAGUCGUACGGCGUCGGCGCGCUUAUCAACGCUACCGGCACUCUGAGCUACAAGGGCGCCGCUUACCUAGGCGCUCUUAUCUUCGCGGCCACAUCCGCUCCUACGUACCUCACCCAGCUCUUCACCGAAAAGCGACCUCUCGACACCGUCGCCGUCGGCGCCACGGCAAAGAUCCUAGAGACCGUCGGUCUGUCUCUAUUCCUGACCUGGUGGGGUACUCGAACCAACCCUUUCGACUAAAUUAAUACCUAGCUGCAAAAAUA